UUGCUCAAUUCAUUGAACACCUUCAGACACAGGUCAAUACACACACACGAUGGAUUAGCUAUCCAAUAAGUGGGCGCGUAUCCCAGAUGGCGGCAAGUCGUAUCCAAGGAAAGAAUCAGCCUCUGAUGACCUAUUUCUCGGAUGCACGGCCUGGCAGCCAAGCCGGCUACACGCCUGUGCGAAGUCACUCAUCAACGCACAGGUGAGCACAUGGGAAGACACACAAGUGAGCUGACAUGUCACUGCACCUUGCACCCACGAUUCGAAGAAAGCCACCGUGAGACGGCCGCUUGAGCAACCCAGUGCGUAGUCCAUUGACGAAAACCAGCUAUACACACCAGGCGGUCAUAUACAGUGAUCAAGUCAGUCCACCUAUCAACACACACCCUCUCUACGUGCUUCAUUCUUCUGGGACCAUGUGCAGUGACGUUGAGUGGACAACCGUGCUGUCGACAAAGGUAAGAUGCACGUGCCGUGAAUGCUAGUCAGCAUAAGAGAGGCCACACAAGUGAGCGAGCGUGCCACUGGGGCUCAAGAAACGAGAAUGUAUCCGAGGGACCAGCCCACGUCGGCUUCUUCCUCAGAUGCACCACUCGGCACUCCAGCCACCGUGACACACCCACCGACAGAGGGCAACGCAGUAAGUACAUCAAUGACUGACAACCAGCUAUACACACACCAGGCGGUCAUAUACAGUGAUAGAGUCAGUCAGUCUUCGCAGUACCCGUCCUGUCUAUCAUAUCAACACACCCCCUCUCAGUGUCCUCCCCUCUAUCGACCGAUCAUCCUACGAGCCGCCUGAUGCCCUCGGCAAGCCACCCCAGGAUGCCGCCCUUGGUCAGCAACACCAGCAACCCUGAUUGACACACAACACACACCAUACACAGGGCAUCCUUUGUGCGUGUGUGGCGAACAGGCGCACCCGAGAUGAGCACAAGCAAGCCCACAAACAUGAGUGCGAAGACGGCCUUGAUGGCCAUCGAUUCGCGAGGCGACAGCCCACUCGUGAGUGCACCCAGCUUCUGCAGAGCAGCGCGGCCCUCGGGAGUCAGCCUCGACCGAAACCACUGCACACACACUCCACGCACCCACCAGCCCGAAGAGCACGUCCGUGCAGUUGCGUGCUAUCAAGAGAUACAUGCAUGGCUCACCUCGGCUCGUCUUCGGGCAGCCUCUACAUCAGCCUGAGAGAUCGGCUCCCGCCUUUCGUUGCCGUCAGCAGCUGUCAUCGUGUUGCCGGCCUGCGCAUCCGUCGGCAUUCCUCUCCUCUGCCGCAUGCCCUCCCUCUGCGCCGCGCCACUAGUGACGACGGACGUGUGGCCGUCGGGCUGGGCGUCCUCCUGCUUGGUCUUGGGAGUCGGGCUUCUUCGGCUGGCGUAGACGAGGAACGACAGACCAGCGAUGAUGCCCGCUGAGAAGACGGCGAUGGCCUCGGCAGGCGCCCCUGCCCACACCCCCGGCAAAUCCAUGCGCAAGCAGCUGCCCUUCUGAAGCGUCGAG